AUGGCUUCUCAUCGCCCAUUAAUUUUUCCCCUUAUAAUAAUAUGUUUUCUUACUGUUACAUUUUUUUAUCUAGAAUACAAUAGUUUAGAAGAUAAUAGUAACGCUUUAACUUCAAAAAAAGAACCCAUAUUGUUCUCCUCCUCAGAUGCAAAUAACGCUUCACAAUUAAAUUCAACAACUUUUAAAAAGGUUUCAAAACAAACACCAAAAAAAUCAACAUCGAGACCUAAACAGUAUGGGCCAAUCCCAUUCCGAGAGAAGAUGGAAUGUGACGGUUAUCAUGAAAAAAAAGGAAUUUCUUUCCAACAAUUAUGGAAUUGGCCACCAGUUCGUGUCUUUAUCGGCAUAUGGACGGUGGCGGAUAGGUUUGAAAUUCGAAAUCUUAUACGAACUUUAAAUUUUAAACAGAAACAAAGUUUAAUUUUAGAUAAGGUGGAUUUCAAAUUUAUUCUUGGAAUACCUCCUCCAGAUGAUUAUACACCCGAAUUAAAAUCUCUAUUAACUAUCGAAAAUAACACUUAUGGUGACCUUAUAAUGCUGGAUAUUGAAGAGAACAUGAACAAUGGCAAGGCGUAUUUUUAUUGGAAGUGGGUCGCUGGGUACACUGACACGCAAUACAAUUACGUUGUAAAGGCAGAUGACGAUGCAUUCGUUCACUUUCAAAAUUUGGCUCUCAACCUUCGACCAUUGCCACGAGAACAUUUGUAUUACGGAUUAGAAAGUCCUGAUCACUUCAUCUUUGGAGAACUCGAGGUUCUAUCUGUAGAUCAUGCCCGCAUGAUCGCCUCUUCUCCAUACAACCAAACAGAAUGGAAUGGGAACGAGGAUCGAUUUUUGGGAUACUGGUUGAUGAAUCACGCAAAUUCAACUCUUAUUCGAAUUCCAGAAAAUUGUUUAAUUUUUAAUGACCCAAGAAUUAAAAGACGGUUUUGUUGGAGACCAUGGGCAUCACCAAACUCUAUCGUCAUUCAUCGACUAAAAGAAAUACCUGCAUGGAAAAGUGUCAUUGAUCUAUACUUUCCUGAUUGA